GCCCUGUGGGCCGUGGCGCCCUCAGCGCUGCGGCUGCUGGAGGCCGCCGUGCUGCGUUGCCCUGCCUGCCCAGGCUGUCCUGACUGCAGCUGCCCAGCGGUCAGCUGCUCGCUGACCUGUGCGGGCCCCGCGAGCACCAGCCAGAUCACUCUGAGGGAGCGCGACUGGAUCGGGCUCGCCACCGCGUUCGUGAGUGGCGUUGUGGUUCUGCGAGUCUGGGACUGCCUGAAAGCCACCAGGACUCGACAGCAGGGCGACAAGCCUGCAGGAGACCGCGGUAUCACCAUCAACUACGUGGAGAGGCAGUCUCCUGCGAUCGCGAUACUGGAUCGUUCCCUGGACAUCAAGGAGUUUCAAGUAUUGGUGGAGUUCCUAGGCGACGCAGACGGCUUGUACUGGCACAUGAGAGUGCUGCUGGCCCGCGCGGGCCGUGCAGGGGCGUGGGUCACGUUGACACCGACACUGGGGCUAUACACCCACGACCUGGACACAAUCAGGCGCAUUGCAUUGGCGCGGAAUGCGCCAUGGCCCGACAGGGUGAACAGGAAUGAGAUAUUCGGGUUCGAUCCGAUUUCGAGGGUGGAGCUGAACCAGUAUGUGCAGCUGGCCAAUGUCCAGGCGCGUGUGCUGGCCGACGACGACGGCGACCCGGAGGCGCCAGAGAUGCUCUGGCUGCGUGCAGGUCCAGGACUCGACAGGAUCGGCGAGGUCAUCCCGCAGGAGGUGAUUGAUGAUCAGGAGCGCUUCGCGGAUACAUAG